GACGGAAUCGCUGGAUCGUUUCACUGUGCAGAUACGAACGCGUUGGCCGAUAAGUUAAUCGCCGGGCUCGAAGCGUUUCCCUUCGGCUGAUCAGCGAUCAUCGAUGCCCCCGAUUAAUGGAGCCGAUUUCUAGAGAUUAGAUCCAUCGAGCGAAGCAUCUCGUGCCUUCCUGCGUAACGGGGACCCACGAUCGCCGAGGAACGUCGGCUAGGAACACCGAAGAUAAUCGAGGAUCGAACAGUAAAGCGUGUUUCCGCGAAGACAACAUUGUAUCGACGAGGGGGGGGAGUGGAGCGUGUUAAAGGUCUCGAUGCUGGCGAGAUGCGAGUGACCUUGAAACGCGACCCGGCGACGACGAAGACGAAGAUCAUCGGCGCAAGCUCGACGUGUUCAACGGCGGGGAAGAGGCAAACGGCGGGAGCAGGCGUCGCGGUGCACGGAAACGAGUCGGUGUGAUCGAGUAGUGGCUCCCGUGGUCCGUGGGUCGACCCGGGACGAUGAGGGGUGACUCGCGCGACACAACGGAGGCCCAGGACUCGCCGGAACGCAGCAACGUCUCGAGCAGCGCCGUCGCGAAGGCCGGCAACAAUAAAACCUAGUCGUAGCCGGCUAGAGAAGGUUUGAUGAUUGCGAGGAUCGGGCCGAGCGAUGAAGCGGGCGACGAACGCAUCCGCCGCAGCUGCGACCGCCGGUUCGCAGAUGCAGCAGCCUGCGGUCAGCUUACAGGGCAGGAUACACGAUCUGUUUAACCCGAUAACGGCGGCGGUGGCGGCGGGUGGCAGCAUCGCGGACAGGGACGAACGCGAGAAGAUCGCGGAGAGCAAGCCCAGGACGGAGCCGAGCAAAGUACCGUCGUCGAAGGGUGGCUCGAGCGAUGACACUAAGGCCAAGUCGACGGCGAUGUCGCGGCUGUUAGCCGUCGACGCGGACAAUUACAUGCUUCGCAAAGGCGCCGGCAGCAACUCCGCGUCGACCGUCGCCACCUCGAUAUCGUUAUCCACCAUCGCGCCGUCGUCGGCGACGACCAAUCAGGCGAACGGCGGCCCGGCCGCAGCACCGGCCUCCUAUCCGUCGCUGCGCCGCGAACCCAGGCCACCGCCGCAGGCACGCGCCUACCUGGCCAGCAACAUCACCGCCACCAACGCCGCGUACAAUGAUUUCCAAAUGACCGUGAUUUACGCGAACGAGCCGCAGACCACGGAAUCGAUCAGGUCCAGGGCUAAUCUCCCGUUACCCGCCGCGUCCAGACGCUACCCCACGGCCAGCCAACCGACCCAUCCCCACAGCAACGCUUCCAGCAUCGCCGCCACCUAUUCUUCCUCGUACCCGUCCGCCUCGGGCUUGACGUCCGCCGCUUUGAUGAACGGUAACGCGACCCUCAAGCAUCGCGUUACCAACCGGCCGCUCCUGUUAAUGCUACCACCCCUGACGGCGCAGACCGUGACCCUGGCGAGGGAGGGUCACCUGAUCUCGCCCGAGAAAGUUUACGCGAGCGGCGUCGAGAGGAGCGACGAGCCGGUCGAGAAACACGACGAGACGUUCUUCGUUGAAAAGACGACGGACGCUGAACACGAGCGACUAUGGAGAGGGUGUUUCCCGUGCGCGAGGCCGGCAUCGUUCCACCGGUACAUGUGCUUCUGCAAGGACGGUGCGCAGCUGCAGCUACUGCAGCAACAGCAGCAGCACCGCGGCGGCCCGUUAUACCCGAACAACAUCGGCGGAACGGUCUUGUCGUCUUUGUUAGGCGGCCGCGAGAGAGCGGAGGGCGGCGUCGAUUCGUACGCGAUCGGUCACGAGGGCUCGGGCGCCGGUGUCGGGCAGCGCGCCCUUCUCAAGGGCGUCGGGUCGGGGGCCGAGCAGCCCGCGACCGACCGAACCUACGCUGAAUUCACUCGUUUUACGGGCUGCUGCUGCAUGUGCGGUUCUAUAUGUCCCACAGAGUGCCAUGCGUGCUUCCACGUGGUCUGCUCGGAGUAUAACGGGCAGCACCUCUGCCAAUGGAGUAGCAAGGGUCACGCGCUACCGGGCCAGGUUCUCGACAAGGACAAGGUCAGUACUAUCACACCUUUUCUCUGACUCACGGGUCUCUGCCUCUUCUUUCCUUUUCGCCUCGGGCUCGUUAACGCGUUUACUGUCGCGCCGCGCCGUUUUACACAGGCCACGCAACUCUUAAAAAUUCAUUUUUAUGCGAUCCUUCGCAUAGUUAUAGCCUGUAGGAUUCGGCCAAGAUUUUAGUGUAAUUGGGAAGGCUGUAGGCUACAGAAAUCCCCGGGGGGAGAAUCGAAAAACCAAUGUAGAAUACAAGAUCGCUG